CCCAGUCCAAGCGCCAGAUGGUUGGAUAUAAAUAUACAGGUUUUCUGCCACAAAUUCGGAUGAGAAGCACAAUUUAUACAUCUCGCUGGUAAAAUCGGUAGUCUGCUAAAAUCAGCCAACUUGGUGGCUCACGGCGCUUGUCGCUCAAGCCAAUAUGAGGCUACCACGCUUCAGGCACAGUCUUAACCGCCUUUACUAGGUUUCAAAAUGCGAGAUGGGCUUCAUUCGGCGCCUAUACAUGGACUUCAUUGGCAGGCUGGGAGAUGGCAGUGUCGCACUCGACAUGCAUCAGGGGUCUAUAAAGUUCCCUACACCCCGCCGAACUUUCCAAAUGCCAGUCAACAACCAUUUCUACUCCUUGUUGCUCUGACAUAGGAAAAUAUACAUUCCAUACCAGUCGUGCUCCUAGCCGGAAUCAAGUCAUCGCAAAGAACGGAACAUCUAUAUAUAUAUCUUGAGCUAUGGCUACCAAUAUCACGCCACCGCCCUCACUCAAAGCCCCUCCCCCGCACGCAAAUUUCAUGAUCGGCUGGAUAUGUGUCCUCAAAGAGGAGUACCGUGCAGCUGUGGCAAUCCUAGACGAGCAGUAUGAUUCCACCAGUUUGGUUCGCAGUCGCGGGGACAAAAAUUAUUAUAUCCUAGGGCGAGUUGGGCCUCACAAUGUGAUGAUCAACCGCCCAUUGGGAGAAAGGUAUGGACAGGUUUAUGCACUCAGAAUUGCCCACGACAUGAGGCGCACAUUUCCGAGAAUGCGUUUCGUGCUGCUCGUUGGGAUCGCCGGCGGAGUACCCUCCCCGAAGCACGACAUCCGCCUUGGAGAUGUGGUUCUCGGGACAAGGGCUGUUCCUUACGGAUUUGGGAAAGCCACCGACGAUGGCUUUGAACGGACCGGUCUGGUAAAAGCACCACCCAGGGAGCUACUGGAGGCCAUCACUUUGAUGGAAGAGCGGAUUUGGUCAGAAGGUGUGUGUCUGUCCGAGGCUAUUGAGAGCAUCCGUACGAAAUCCACUGGUGGUGGAGAUCCGUUCCUCCGGCCUAUACAAGAUCGACUUUAUAAAGGCGAUUUUACCCACGAAGAUUUAGGGUGCGAUUGUCUUCAGCCGGAAUCGCAACAAAUAGCCAAUAUGCACCCACGAGACGACCGUGAAGGAGAUCUAGUCCGGUUGUUCCAAGGGGGCAUUGGGUCCGACAACCGUGUUAUCAAAAAUGCUCGAGUCCGUGAUGAUAUCGCCAAGAGAGAAAAUGUAUUGUGCUUUGAGAUGGAAGCCAGCGGGGUGAUGGAUAUUGCUCCUUGUCUUCCCAUCAGGGCUAUCUCAGAUUACGCAGAUGGACACAAGAACGAUCAUUGGCAACGAUACGCUGCUUUGUCGGCUGCAACAUGCGCCAGGGAGCUAUUAUUAUCGAUUCCGCCACAAUCUGUCCUUCAGUUCCCUAUGGCUGUCGCCGGAGAUGUCCUAGACCAAUAUAACGCCGGAGCAGUCGAUCUAAAUGCUUUUUCGACCAGUGAGAUCAUGGAUUUGGGACACACCGAUAGUGAUUUAAUCAAGAAUCAUGCUGCACUUAGCGAGCUCAUACCUACCGGAGGCUUGCAGGAUGCGGACAAGACACCAUGCUCUAAUAUUCAAGACGCGGGAGAUGAGGUGCAGAGACCGCAGGUUCUCGGUCAAAUUACAGAGCAACACAAUACCUUGCCCUUAAGUCAGGAUUUGGAAGUCCGAGAAUAGUGUAGGCGCAGAGCGUGGAAGUGGCUGCGAUCGCGUGGUAUGUCA